GUGCUAUGGGAUGGAAUGUUAUUCCGAAGAUCCACCGCUCCCUUUCAGAAAUCAAAUUUUACCGGUUCCAACUAAACUUGAAGCAACCAGCCACUAGACAAAACUUACCGUCUAACAAUUUCCAUCCAACAAAUACAUAGUAGUAGCUUGCUUGGGGAACUACACCAUCUAAAUUCCCAACACGCUAUUCUUCUCAAGUCUUUUCAUGAUCGAGGUUGACAUCUCAUAUACAUCUACAUUCCCUUUUAUCCAUCAAUCAAUUCCCUUGUUCAUUUCUUUACCUUUCUAGCAUCCCCCCCCUUAAGCUAUCAUGUCUCGCGGAGGUACUACUCUCUACGUGACUGGCUUCAGCCACGGCACGCGUGCUCGCGACCUCGCCUACGAAUUCGAACGCUAUGGUCGUCUUGUCCGCUGUGACAUCCCCGCCCCCCGUUCUGCUAGCAGUAGGCUUUUUGCUUUCGUGGAGUAUGAAGAUCGUCGUGAUGCCGAUGAUGCCUAUCAUGAGAUGCAUAACAAGCGCAUCGGCCGCGAUGACCUUCUAAAGAUUGAGUGGGCUCGUACACCUCCAUCUGCGUCUUGGCGUUUCGAUAGCGGUCGUGACCGCGACAACAGGCGCGAACGCGGAGGCCGAUCUCCUCGGCGAGGACGAUCCCCAUCUCCACGCCGCAGCACCCGCGACUACUCACCUCGCAAGGAUGAACGCCGUGACCGCGACCGCGACUACGACCGCGAACGUCGUGAUACACGUGAUCGCUCUCGCAGCCCAGACGUUCGUGACCGCGACCGCGACCGCGAUGACCGGGACGAGCGUGAUCGCCGCGACAACGGCACUAAUGGCGAUGACCGCAAAGCCGUGGACAGUCCGCCUCCCCAACAUGACGACUUGGACGUUGCAGAGUGAUAAGUAUACCUGGCCAUCUUACUUUCGGCAGUAGGUUGCAUCUACAACGUAUGCAAAAGGCAAUCAUGAUCUAAUUUAGAGGGUAUCUGGGUUUGCGUUUCCAUGCUGGGCUGUCACUCAUCUUCUAGUUUCGAUUCCAUCGACCGGCGUGUAACAUUAGUGCGAAAAGAUCGAGAAGCUGAAAUCGGGGACGAUACGCAUACGUUUGCUAUUAAGAAUGCUAGGGUUUCCUAUAUCGAGGAGGACCAGGUAGCGCGAGCUCGACAUAGCUAGGUACCUAGGUAGCGUUGCUUACCUAGGGGAUGAAUUCCUAAUCCCUUUUAAUCUAGAGCCAAUGUAUUCACUUAGAAGACCUAAUCCUGGGCAGCUUACAGUUGCGGUUAAUGCAAUUGUACUGGAGUCGUGAGAAGUGCUGCUUGAGCAGCGAAUGUGCUGAGUGACUGCCGGAGUAAUGCUAUUUGAUGCAUAUGCAUUAGGUACUAGCCUGUCUAGCUAAGUUCUAAGUCACCAGACCCCAAUCACCAGCAGGCAGGUAGUUAAUCAUCAACUGCUUUACUGGAAGUAUUGGAAGGGCAUGGUAACCCAAAACAGAGAUUAAUAGCCGCGUAUAUUUAUAGAGUAUCGGGAACUUCCUUCUUGACACUUUUGGAGGAAUACUACUGGAACAUUCGUAACCUUCAGAUCGUAUUCGACAAGGUGGAAAACUGGAACUUCAGUCUGG